GCCAGAGAUAGGGUGGGGGCGGGGAGAGAGAGAGACAGAGAGACACGGAUAGACAGACACAGACAGACGCAGAGACUCGGGGGGCAGGGAGAGACCCAGAGCUUGCGAGGGCAGAAACUCAAGUGAGCAGGCGUAAAGGAGGACAGAGAGAGGGAUUUCUGCUCCACGACCUAAGGAGUGUGAUAAGAAGCCAGCAGGUCGGGGAGUCGCGCCUGGGGAGAUCGGUAUGACAGAAACGUUCGCAACAGGGACGAAGGUUAGGAAGGGAUGGGGGUGAAAGGAGAAACGAAGAGGGGGAGAGAGGGAGAACGGAUUCACAAAGACAAGUGCAGACAUCGAGAACCAGGGGACCAAUAUACAGAGUUCAUAGGCGAGAGGAAAGAAAGGGACAGAAAUCAGACACAGUAAGAUGGGCUGAGUUUUCAGAGACCGAGCGAAGGCGGCAGCAUGAAGAGAAAGCAUUAGAGGGAGAGUUGGUAGGAAAACUUAUCCAAAAACUGGACAAUAAGACAAAGGUGACAGGGGGGCCCCGCCUGACUCCCCAGGCGAAGCGACUCUUUCAACCAUUUCGAUCAGAGUCCAUGUACUGCAUUUAGAUGCUAACUCGUAAAAGGUCGAUAGGUUGCAAACGCUUUCUGUCCACUACAGAGAGUACCUCAAGGAUUAGAGUUGUGUCACCCUGCAGGACACUGAGCAGGACAUCGAAACGUCCCGGCCGCCCAACUGCCUGUCAGGGCACUAAUGUGACUCUGUGUUUUUCUUUCAGUGUUCCUUCUUUCCUUCCCCCUCUCUGUUCCUUCUCUCUCAUCUUCCUGGAACCGCCUGUUACCUUAGUUCCCUCCGUGAGGUAAAUCCAUCUUUGAGACGAGGUCCCUAAGUUUGUUUUUAACGUUUUCGAAAAUGGUGUGUUGACAGUCUGAAGGGAACCCGUUCCCUGGGAUGGGAGACAGAAAGGGAGAAAGAAGUAGGCAGGACGAUGGACAGAAAAUGCGACGAGAAAGUCAGCCGCAGGCAGCGACAGUCUCGGGCGCCCUCUCUUGGAAUCCGUGUGCAGCCGCCUCUUGGCCGGACUACAUUUCCCGGCAUCCCGAGCGCCCAGAGUGCCGUGGGAGGUGCGCCCCCCACGGCGUCCUCCAAUCCCAGCCGUCGCCGGACAGCCUUCCGCUUCCGCCGACAAGAUGGAGGCUGGGCUCAGCCGCCGUCGGGGAGCGGCACCGUAAGGACAUAGAGAAGGGCCGCAGUCUCACCGGCCCAGCUGAAGCAGUCGGCCCGCGUCGCGGCCUGGAGAGAGGCCAGGAGGCUGCCAUCAUGGGAACAGUGGUUGCUGCUGUGGAGGGGCUGGGGGUAGAGGGCUCGUCGCGGUGCAUGGCACGAAGAGGCGGAAUAAAGACAACCCCCCGAGUGCAGGCGUCGGGAAAGGCACCCCUUGAUGGGAUUGGCCUCCGCCACAGUGCCAAGCGGGACCGGAAGUCCAUCACCCUCCAUGUAAAGUUGGAGGUGCUUCGGAGGUUUGAGGAGGGUGAGAAGCUGACACAGAUCGCCCGGGCUCUGGGGCUGGCCACCUCCACCGUUGCCUCGAUCCGUGUCAACAAGGACAAGAUCCGGGCCAAUUCUCAGGCAGCUACACCUGUCAGUGCCAAGCAGCUGACCCGCUGCCGGGGUGUGGUGAUGGGCCACAUGGAACGCCUGCUGAGCCUUUGGAUCGAGGAGCAGAAGCGGCGACACCUGCCAGUCAGCACGCUGCUCAUCCAGGACAAGGCGCGCCGCCUCUUUGCACAGCUGCAGCACGAGCACGGCGAUGCCACCCAGGCUGACACCUUCGGGGCGAGCAAUGGCUGGUUUGCCCGUUUCAAGGCACGCCACAAUGUGCUGUUGACGGAUGAGCCGGCUGUGGCUGACGCCCAGGCUGCUGCCGGCUACCCCUCAGUGCUACGCACCAUUCUGGAGGAGGGCUGCUACUCACCACGCCAAGUCUUCAACGUGGACGAGACGGGCCUGUUCUGGAAGCGGCUGCCCGAGCGCAUGCUGCUGGCACUGGAAGGGGCAGCCGGGCCUGGGCCUAAGGCCCCUAAGGACCACCUGACCCUGCUGCUCGGUGGCAACGCAGCUGGUGACUUCAAGCUGAAGCCACUGCUGGUAUACCCCUCGGAGAACCCACGCGCCCUCAAGGGCUGCUCUAAGGCCAGCCUGCCUGUGGUUUGGCGCUCCAACCGCAAUGACUGGCUGACGCCUAGCAUCUUCCAGGAGUGGUUUACUGGCUGCUUCUGCCCUGCCGUAGAGAGCUACUGCGCCAGCCACGGCCUCCCCCACCGCGCCCUGCUGCUCCUGGAUGGUGCUCCCUGCCACCCUGCCCACCUGGGGAGCCUCUCGGCCCACGUGCGUGUUGAGUUCCUGCCCAAGAACACAUCGGCCCUGAUCCAGCCCAUGAACCAGGGCAUCAUCGCUGCCUUCAAGGCUCAUUACCUGCGCCUCACGCUUAGCCAGCUGGUCCAGGAGACAGCUGGUGAAGACCGGCCCUCCAUGCGGGAGUUCUGGCGUAGCUAUACCGUCAUGACUGCAGUGGACAACAUCGCCCAGGCCUGGGCAGAGCUGCAGCCCGCCACCAUGAACAGUGCCUGGAGAAAGCUCUGGCCUGAGUGUGUGCCUGCCGGCAAUUCUGAGCCCGACGCUGUGCCCCAGCUCCACCGCAGCAUUGUGGCGCUAGCCAGCCACGUGGGCCUUGGAGAAGUGGCUGAGGCCGAUGUUACCCACCUGCUGCAGGCCCAUGUGGAGCCCCCACCCCGUGGAAACCCCCAGGAUGCAGAGGAUGGGCGGGCCAGCAGCUCUGGGUUGUCUUGGGAGGCAGGGAAAGGCCCGGCCUCCGAAGGACCAGAACUGGAUCUUGCUGAGGCUGUGGCGAGUGUGGGGGCUGAGGAAGCUGGUGUGGGUUCACUGAGCCCUGAGUGCCUGGCCCAGGCCCUGGCCCACUUCACCGCUGGCCUACGGGUCCUCACAGAGAACGAUCCGAACCGGGAGCGCAGCUUGUGGGUGUCUCGGGGUGUCCACUGCGCCCUCGCCCGCCUCCGGGAGCUGCACCGGGAAAGGAAGCGACAGGCCCGGGCAGCCGCAUCCUCAGGAAGCCCCGUGGUGGUGGCGACAAGAGAAUUGACAGGGAGCCUGCGCUUGCCACAGGUGGGGCCUGCAGAGGGUGGGCGAGUGGUUAAAGAGUCAGACCCUGAAGGACAGACGUCUGCAGCUGUCUUGCAUGAUUUGGGGCUUGGGCCUGACCUCAGAUGAGCCCUGUUUGAUGACAUUUAGUUUCUGGAGCACAGACACUGCCACGUCUUCCCCGUGGUUCACAUACCUGACGCCCUGCAGUUUUUGUACCGUGAUACACACAUACCCCCAGGCUAGGAGAACAGGAGGGUGUUCUUUGACUGGCAGAUGAGCUGCAGGACCCGUGACAAGAGACACACCUUAUAGCACCACGGUGGCCCAGCACAACCCACCAGGUUGGUCUUCCUUUUGGAUAGGGGCCAAGGCCAGCCCUGGCCUCUCCCCGCACCAUUGUGGUGACCAUUCGCCAGCCCUGGCCUCUCCCCGCACCAUUGUGGUGACCCGUCCUAGCCAACUUUAGAUGCGGGUUUCCAGAUCUUGGCAUUUCCUCCCUUCCCAUGCUAGGCUCACCCGCUCUGGCUUCCAUGGCCUCUGUGAUACCAGGUCUCUGGUUCCCUCCCUGCACCCAACCCCAUGUUGGCCCACUGUGGCUUUUGAUACCAAGGGUCCCUUCCUUGGUUUGGAGAUAUUUUCUCCCCUAGGUUUCUAUGGCAUGGUUGUCUUGGCAACCUUCCAUCUUCUGAUGCUGUGUCUUUUGUGACACUGAUGGUCUCCCGGGUCUAGAGCCCUUUGGGAAAUCUCGUCCAUUCCUAAGGCCUCAGUGGCCACCUCAGGAUCUGCUCCCGGUGCACUAGCUGCAGCCCAGCCUCUUCCUGAGGUUAGACCCAUAGCUCUGACAGCGAUGGGUGAGCCUUACAGACAGUCUCAUUAUCUCCUCUCAUUCCACCUUGCUCUCCUGCCCCCCAAACUGACAGCCGGCACUUUGGUUGUCUGCUCUGCAGACACACCACGUGGGCCGCCAGGACACUGUCAGCAAGGGAAGGUGUUCUGAUGCUCUAGCUGCAUGAGCCACAGGUAGUGAGACAGGGACGUGUGGCCUCUUGGGUUCUGUUCAGUGCAGGUACCUGCAUGUGUCUGUGCACACGCGCACACAGACACACGAAGAAAUAAAGAUGGCGGAAAGGGUUUCUGCCACCUGUGUCCCCGCUAACACUUGCAGUAAUGGGCCUGCUCUCAGCACGUGACAGGGGCGGAGAAUCAUAAUUGGAAAAAGUUCAAAACCGAACACUUGAAAAGUGACAUUUAUUAAAACUUGUGGGAUGAAGCUCAA